AAAUAUAUUACUCGAUUUCAAGAAUGAUUCUAAUAAUAAUGUUAAAAUAAAUUCACUCCCCCUUCUAAAUUUCCCUAUAUAUUCAAAAGCGCAUCCGUUCAUCUUUGAGCAUCUGAUCUGAUUUUCUCUCUUUGUGCUUAUGAUCACUGGUACCCAUUAUUGCGUAGACAUGGACGUGAUCAUUUCUUCUGCUGCAGAUUUUUCAGCUGUUGAUGAAGAUGGUUCCAUCUACGACAAAGCUGAAGAAGUGAAAGCUUUUGAUGAAACUAAAGCUGGUGUUAAAGGACUAGUUGAUUCUGAUGUGACAAAGAUACCUAGGUUUUUUGUCCAUCCACCACAGAAUGUGAAAAAUCCGUCAUCGAAGAUCACUGAUGUCAGCCUGCUGCAGGUUCCAGUGAUUGACUUGGGAGGCAUUGGAAGUCAUCGAAGGCGGCUUCAGGUAGUGAAUGAGAUCAGGAAUGCAUCAGAAACAUGGGGUUUCUUUCAAAUGGUUAAUCAUGGAGUCCCUGUCAGUGUUCUUGAUGAAAUGUUGGCUGGUGUUAAACGAUUCCAUGAGCAACCUCAGGAGGUGAAGAUGGAGUGGUAUUCUCGCGACUCUAAGCGCAGAGUGAAGUACUUCUGCAAUGGUGAUCUCCUUGUCAAUAGAGCACCAGCAAAUUGGAGGGAUACCAUAGCAUUUGAUUUUCAGGACGGGAAACUAGACCCGGAGCUCUAUCCUCAGGUAUGCAGGGAAGCUGUAAGUGAAUACAUGAGAAACAUGAUCAAGACGAGCAAGAUACUAUCUGAACUGAUAUCGGAGGCACUAGGGCUUCCAAGUGAAUACCUGUCAGGAUUGGAAUGCAUGGAAACUGAGUCAUUAGUGUGCCAUUAUUACCCAAUUUGUCCGGAGCCAGACUCGACACUAGGCACCACCAAGCACACAGACCCUUCAUUUCUGACAAUAUUGUUGCAAGAUAAUGUGGGUGGACUGCAAGUUCUCAACCAAAAUCAAUGGAUCGAUGUGCCUCCUCGGCAUGGAGCUCUUGUAGUAAACAUAGGAGACUUCAUGCAGAGUGCUAUGAACAGAAUGGUUCUGACAUGUAUCAUCUUAAUUGGGGGAAUCUGCUAUAUGGCCAUCACCCUUUACAGUUGUCAAUACAUAUUCUUUUACUGUUAGCAUUGCCUGAUAUCAUUUUUCUGCAACACCAGAGGUUUAUGAAGUUUGUAACCUAUUUUGUUUUGUUAACAAGACAGAAGAAACAAGGUUUUAAUUAUAACCCAAUCAAACCAUCUCCAACAUGAAUUAUCAAUCUAAUACACAAACAAAUGGUAAUUGAAAACAUAAUAAACAAUUUCGUAGAUACUUCAAUAUGCUCUUUUUAAGGCCAUCUGGACUUGGGUAAGGCAGUUAUGAUAAGGGGUCUGUUGAGAGUUUAGGUAGAAAUUAUAGGUUCAAUUCUUUCUUAAUUUUCUACAUGAACAUUGAUGUGGUUCUUGCAAAUGCAAUUACCAGGACUCGACAUUCAUGGAAUCCUAUCAUUCAACACAGAAGGAUAAUAUAAAUGGAACAGUAGAUAAUGUUGUAAUAAUAGAGAUGAAUA